AUGGCAUCGACUCUUUCGCCACCGGCUGGCUCUCUUACGUCUGGACUUGUUUUCGAUGGCAAGCCUUACGACGUAACCAGAGACGAUCCUCUAAAUGUUUUUCAGCAUAAUGCCUCUCGCGUUCGUGAAUACAUCAAGAAAAGGCUGGCAGACUUUGAUGGACUUGGUACUCUCAUUGAGCUCAACCUGGGGGACGGAUCACAGUACUUGAGUCCUCCUAUCUUCAUCGAUUCUACAUCAACGAGUGCAGCACUGCUGGACAACAUCCUAGAUAAUGUUCAUCCUGGAGUCACGGUGACUAUCAUGCCCGAAUACAUCCUCGAUGUCAUUGAAGGUCGCAUGCACGCUGUUCACGCCUUUGGCAAGCGCGCGAAGCCUCCGUGUCGCGGAAGCUUUCCCAUGUGCUUUGCUCCAGGCGGACGUCCCCAGCCCGUUGUCCCCGCGGGUAAGCUGGAUGCUCAAGACCUGCCAGAACCCACUGAGGACGUUGAGCAGAUUAAAGGCGAUCUUCAGAAAUGGGGAUACGCAAUGGUGAAGAAUGCUCUUUCGGCGGAUCAGGUCAAGAUUCUCAAGACUGCUGUUGAAGAACAAGCAGCUGGCGAACGACUGGCCGGUGUAGCUCACAUGGACGGUGCCCAUGUGCAAGCUGACGAUCAACCGAAUCAACGAGUCUGGUAA